UUAUUACUGUACGUGAACAUGACAGCACGUAAAUCUAAAAUCUGUAUAACAGAAAUAUCAAAGAGACCAGUAUGUCCAAAAAUUGUUCGGUCUGUGAGAAAUAUCAUAGAAAGAGAAGGCUAUAUAGAUUGCAAUGCGGAGAUAAGAGAAAUGAAACCGCACGAAGGAAUACUUAUCAGUUUAUUUUUCGAAGUCGAAAUAUCCGGAAGUACAGUUCAAGGCAGUAAGAAACUUAACAUCUUCGUUAAAAGACUUUUACCAGAUCAGAAUAUGUCACUGUUCGAUUUACCAGAAGCUGUAAGGAAAGAAGCAUUUGUUUACGAAGAACUGUUUAAAUUUCUAGCUGAAGCACAAGAUAAAGCAGAUGUGCCUAAAGAAGAUAGGUUAAUAACGCCUAAAGUUUACGAAACAGAUGCAGAAUAUGUAAUGAUAGAGAAUUUAACGAAGCAAGGACUAACUACAUUGGAUAGAAAAGAUGUUAUUACUUUUGAAUUCGCUAAAUUGUCUAUUCAAGCGCUUGCAAGAUUUCAUGCCUUCUCUUUCAUUUUACAAGAGAGAAGUCCUGAUUAUUUUAAGAAAAAAAUCAUGACCUUAAAAUUACCUAUGUGUAUUGAAACCUGGAUUGGUUUUGCACGUAAUAUGUACAAUUUUGCUGCUACGUGUCUGGAGAAUGAAGUUAGAGAGAAAGUGGACAAAUAUAUACCUACUUCCUAUGAAAAGUAUGCACGAUAUGCUGAAGAUCCAAAUAUGACACGGUGUAUGGUGCAUGGUGAUUUUAAACUAGUCAAUAUUAUGUACAAGAUGGAAAACAAUGCAAUAACGGACCUCAUUCCAGUAGACUUCCAAACCAUACACUAUGGAUGUCCCAUAAUAGAUUUUCUCUUCUUCAUAUUCACGGGAUCUGAUCAGAAAUUCAGAAGGAACCACUUGGAAACAUUAAAAGACGUUUACCAUGACACUAUGACAAAUUAUUUAAAAUACUUCAAUAUAGACGUGAACAAAUACUUGUCUAGGGCAGAUUUCGAGAAGAUGUACAGAGAAAAGCUUGAUUAUGGGUUGAUGCUGACGGCCCACCUGAUGGAAAGUGGUAACUGUCGCCUAUAGACAUGAGCAGUACCG